GACAGCUUAUGUAAAGAGAUUCCCAUCGAUCUCCAGCAGUUCUGAAGUAUUUUUGUGCAAAGACUCACACCUGGAAGGCGAGGGAUAUCCGUAACCCAAAAUGAUGACCAUUCGUCCGCUGUUGACGAAGGCACUGUUGCUGCCGUCAGCCAACGGUGCCACUCAAAUACUUCGAUCAAAGGCAACUCUUCCGGUGGUGGAGAAGGAUAAGCCAGAAAAGGUUUCCUACUCACCGUUCGGCACCAAACAGUCGAACUGGGCCGACUGGACCGUCGCCCGGCUGGAUGAUGUGCUGAACUGGGGUCGCAAGGGUUCCAUCUGGCCGCUUACGUUCGGUUUAGCCUGCUGCGCCGUGGAGAUGAUGCACAUCGCCGCCCCGCGAUACGAUAUGGAUCGUUUCGGCGUGGUAUUCCGUGCCUCACCCCGCCAGGCGGACGUCAUUAUCGUUGCCGGUACGCUUACGAACAAAAUGGCACCGGCUUUACGCAAGGUUUACGAUCAGAUGCCGGAACCGAGAUGGGUGAUCUCGAUGGGCAGCUGUGCGAACGGCGGUGGUUACUAUCACUACUCUUACUCGGUUGUGCGCGGUUGUGACCGUAUCAUCCCUGUCGAUAUCUACGUGCCAGGAUGUCCGCCAACUGCCGAGGCUCUGUUGUACGGUGUAUUGCAACUCCAAAAGAAGGUGAAACGUAUGAAGACGCUGCAGAUGUGGUAUCGCAAAUAAGCAUGCCUUGUCGACUCCGCGUAUCCAUCGCAAUAAAAAUGUAGAAUAUAUUUAAUCGAUUGCAAACGUUUCUUUUAGUUUUCAAUUUAAGUACUAUGUAUGCGUCCUUUUACAUAUGAUUACAGGCAUCUAUGGUGAAUGUUCCCUGCUUGGAACGUAAUAAAUUUUAACGCCAAAUACAAUACUCUUG